AUGGCUUCAUUCAUGAUGACCCCAGUGCGGCUUCAAUCGGCACAUCAAUCCGGCGAUGCUAUCGUCCCAGAAGUUGAUCCUUCUCGACAGCCAGCAGAUAAAACAGUGCAUAGUGUCACUGAUGUAGAGACGAAAACCGAAACAGACCCUCCAUUUUCAAUAUAUAGCCCUUCCGAGAAGAAGUGGAUUAGCUCCGUCGCCUCAUUUGGUGCCAUGUUCUCGACAGUCAGCAGCUAUAUCUAUUUCCCGGCACUGGUGCCAAUAGCCGCUGAACUUCGUGUGUCUCUCACCAUGAUAAAUCUUACCGUGACAUCAUACCUGGUUGUCGCUGGCAUUGCCCCGGCUUUCAUGGGAGACAUUGCCGAUCAGGGGGGACGAAGGCCCGCCUAUAUUUUAAUGUUUACUUUGGCGCCUCAGGCAAGCCGUCUCAUUUCUACCAUCUUUGUGAUGUCGCUGACCAACAGAUUUGAGAUCAAAGGCUCAUAUGGCGCAGCAUAUGGAAUAAUUGCCGACAUUACCACGACUACCGAGCGAGGAUCCACUAACGCAGCUCCAAGUUUUGGCCCUGUUGUGGCUGGAGCACUGACCCAGAAGUUUGGCUGGAGAUGGAUUUUUUGGUUUCUCGUUAUCAUGACCGGUACCUACCUCAUCCCGGUUAUCCUGCUUCUUCCUGAGACUCAGAAGAAGCUCGUGGGAAACGGAAGUGUGCAAGCUAGAGGAAUCCAUAGAAGUGCAUUUGACCUUUUCACCAGCAAUCGCAAGAUCAAGGGCGAUCAAGGCGAACGACAUGGAAAACGGAAACCCCACAUCCCAAAUCCUCUCAAGUCGAUUUUGAUGCUUCGCUCAAAGGAAAACCUAACUGUCAUUAUGAUCGGAUCUAUCACAUAUUUAGUGAAGAUGACUUUGCAAACAUCACUGGCGGCUCAAUGUACCGACAUAUAUAAUCUUGACUAUCUCCAGGCCGGAAAGUUCCUGGACCGAAAUAUCGAAUUGUUUGCUUCUCGGCAUGGAAGAGGCGGUCAAUACCGAAGAGGCGACGACAUCUCUGAUUUUCCCAUCGAAGAGGCCCGCCUUGUCGGGAUAUACACACUGGUUAUUACCAGCGCCCUGGGAACCGCCGGCUUCGGGAUUAGUCUCAUGAAGCAAACGCAUAUUGCAGUUCCUCUCACUAUGCAGUUUAUAAGCGGAGCUACAACUUCCAGCAUAUUCACCAGUCUUCAAUGGGUUUCUGACUGGAACGCAGAUUUGCGGAACUCUUCUAACGGAUAUAAAUCCCAAUGCCUCCGCUACCGUCCAGGCUUCUUAUAA